GUGAUAUCAUUAACCAAUUAUAGUUCAAAACAGUACAAUAGAGGAUGGUGUCUAACUUUUUGGUAUAAAAAAUAAGAGAUUUUGAAUUAAGGUAGAUUAAUAAUUUUAGGUUAUUUCAACAUUAAUUUUAACUAACAAAAUAUAAUGUAGAAUAAUUAGUGAAUUUUUUAAUAAAAAAAAUGGAGAGUGACAUGGAGGUGACACGCUGCCACGUGGUGAUCUCAACGACGCUAGACACGUGGUGGCAAAGCUUCACCUGUUAUAUGAUCUCCUGGAUCGUCCGAAUCCGAUAGAGCAAGUGCUUUUUACGGUCGAGGAAAUAGUGAGCAACGAAAGUUUCGCGUCCUCUUAUUCAGGACGGUGGAAGUAACUAGAUUUCAAUCAAAGGAGAAAGUGAGAAUCAGUACCGCAUAUGAUGAUAUCAGAAUCCAAGGGAACUCAAUAGACCCUGCCUCCUUGUGCAUCUUGGAAUGGAGAGUUUGCCUGGGGAAAUAUGUUUGAAGAUAUUUUGUUUCUUGGACUACCAACAUCUUGUCGUUGUUCAACAAGAUUUCCUUUCCCGAUCUAUAUUCGUUGGAUCCUCCAUUUGCCGGUAUAGAUGACCCUUCAAAAUCUGUAAAAUUGGUAUUUGUCUGUUGAGUUCGUGGCCGAUUCUGAAUUUUGACCAUUAAAUUGGUACACUUAGAUCAGAAACAAAUUGGUCGGAAUGGAAUGGAGGAUCUUAUAAGCGUGGACUGUUGACCUUGAGAAGAUCGAUCCCAAGCAACAUGGCAUUUUGUCCGAUCUGUUUCCCAUGGUUCCUACCUAAUCCUCUGGCACCCGGAUUCGAAUCCUCAUAAUGUUAUCAAGUAUCUUGAUACAAGCUUUUGUUUUCAAUUGCUCGACAAAGCAACCUUUUUAUUAGGUUGUAGCUGCAUGAUCGUGAAGUGUGUAGGAAAUGGAAGUUGUUGGCUUCAGAUAAUAGUUUGUGGUCUAAUCUUUUCAAGGAGAGAUGGGGAGAAGAUCGUGCAGCUUUCUAUGCUCCUAAUGCUUCAAAAUCAUGGAAAGAUGUUUUUGAGGUUCAAGAUCGCUGUGAUCGAGUUGGAUUGUAAGGGUUUGAAGAUUAUAAGAGAAGGGCGUUACUACUAUCUUGUUCACCAAGGUGAGAUACAGAGAUGUCUGGGUUCAAGAAGAAACAGCGAAGAAGCAAGAAGCCUCAUCUGCCAUAGUGAUGGUUUAGAAAGGGAAUUCACGGGAGAAACUGGUUCUUGUCUUGGAAUUUUGGACAAAAUUCUGUUUUUCAUUGGGGAUUUGGAAGUUGCCUCUGCAGAUGCAAAACGCAGCCGUGUGACAUGAUCACCUCUAAAUCUCAAGUGAAAUUGUAGGUCCAAUUUCCAUGUAUGUAUAAAUUUACGAUUUUUUUAUUUUUGUCACGAUAAAUUUACGUAUUUAUCUGUAGUGUAUCUCCAGUUUGUGCGUCAAUUUAUUUAUCAACCUUUAUCGAAACAGGUGUUUAACCUGUCUUCAGCCAUUCAAAUAUCUGUAUGCAGGAACAUAGGAGAAUUAAAAAUAUGUUUAUGACA